AUGGCGAUGACACUAAUGGAAUUCAUGCAAUCACUUGAUCCUAAAGCUCUGCCCAGGAUCCUGCAGAUUCAGUCCGGGAUUUACUCACAAGGUGCAGUGUAUGAACUCUUUGGGAGAGAGUGCUGUCUAGUUACUGGGGAUUUAAUGAAGAUCAUCAGUAUUAGUAUCAGCAGGUUCAUAGCUCAUACCUCAGAAAAAACUGAAAUCCAUCUGCCACUCGACUAUCCAGGCCUGUUCAGGGUGGUGGCGGAUCCUCAGCCGUACCUCAGUGUUGAAGAAAUCAUUAAGUCAUUUAAGAUCGGCUCACAUCGUCUGGGACAGCCGGUGUUUAUCUCCUCUGUAAGCAUCCCUUUGUCUCAGGGCUCGCUGAAGGAGAAGGAGAUGUUCUGCAUCACAUCUGUACUUCAGGAUCAGGAUGGGACUAAAGGUCAUGUUGAAUGUGAGGUUCUUCACCGGGAACCAAAGUUGUCCUUCAGUCUGGAUGUUUCUCAGCAGGGUCAGUUUAUAGAGUGUGAUGACGAUCAGUUUUAUACUCUGAAAGAACUGGCUGAGUGGAAAAUCCCAAAAGCACGGAGGAGAACGGUGACGGCGGUGAAAGAUUUUCCAGUGAAAGAUUUACUUUACUCAAAUCUGCAGGAGAAUGUGAGUGGAGAGUUGAUGUUAACACCGGUCUACGAGCUUCAGGCUGUCAUGGCAUUCCGUAAGAACAUAGUCAUCAUCCCAUCCAACCUGGACGUGGAGGUCCUGGACGUAACGGAUCAGAUUGACUUAAACUCUUUUAUUCAGCCUCUUUCACUUCAGGACGUCUUCCAAAACUCUCCGGGUUCCUUCCCCAUGGUGGCUGAAGUGAUCGAGAGACCAGUGAUUGAACGGAAUGUAUCUGAAGAGUUGGCCUCACUGUUCAGUUCCACACAUGUGAUCAUCCAUCAGGCCUUUAAUGCCAAGCGGAUUCUCGCCACGGAAAUUCGCCAAGAAUCGCCGAGACACUUCCUAAUCCCGGCGGGAUACAAAGGACUGCUUAAAAGACGACCGCGUGAAUUUCCGACCGCGUACGACCUGAAACAAGCCCAGAGCAACACUGAAAAGCUGCAUGUUGUGGCCACAAGGGCUUUUGACUGCAAGCAUGAUGGGUUAACAUCUGUUCUCGCCGGAGACCAGUUUGUGCUUAAGAAAACUGAAUCUAGCGAGAUCGGAACUGGAACUGAAUCUGAAACAGAUUCCCUCACAUGUCUGAAGAUGAAAGGGAAAUCACACGAGGCAGUGCGCCUCCCUAUGUACUUAGAAGGUGGAUUUAUGGAAGUCAUCCAUGAUAAGCGACAGUAUUCCAUCACAGAGGUCUGCAGCUGGUUUCCAUUGCCUUUUAACAUCAAAGUUUCGGUUCGUGAUCUUUCACUAAAAGUGGACAUCUUAGCAGGAGUUCCAGGCCUACGUAUCGAGGAAGAGAUCCUCGAGCCCUACCUGCUCAUUUCCACUCUUGAUCUUUCCAGCUGGUGGGAAAUAUCAGUAAAUCGAACUCACAUGGCGGUUCAUGUAGACAAACUGUGGACAGGCAAGAUGCCUUCAUGUAGCAUCAAUGCAUUUGUUGAAGACAUUUCAGAGCAGUGCUACUACACAAUGAGGAGGUAUGCUGUAGCCACGGUAACACCACCACCACGACCUCCGAAAAUAUCCAAGCGACCUCCGGGGCGACCCCCGGGACGACCCCCGGAGCGUCCAAUAAAAACACUUCAAAUGGCAAAACCUGAGAAAAUCACCUGCUGCUCUCCAAAGAGUGCUCGUCCUGCUACGAUUAUUAGAGAAAGUUCCACAGACUGCACAACCUCUCUAACAGGAAGUGGGAACACUGCACACAUAAUUCCAGCUACAUUACCCAGAACUGCACCUUCUGAAGUAAAAGCCUCAGCUGUACCCAGAGGCCGGAGUCUUGAGGACGUGUGUCUUAACGAGCCAGACGAUGAUGACUCUCAUGAUUAUGAAUACAUAGAUGAAGAUGAACUGGACAACAUCAGGAGGCAGUUUAAUCAACAGACCAUUAACAUCUCUGCAAAAGCUAAACCUAGCAACACCAUAUAGUAAACAUGUGAUUACACUAUACAACACAACUAUAUCUAAUCAA